AUGCAUCACGUCAAGCAGCAGUGUAAGAAGGCACUGCAGCAACAAGGAGAUCAGUUAUUGCUAGUAGGAUCAAGCACAACUGUCUACGGUGCAGCCGUUCGUACAUCGAAGGACGCCUUCAAUCCUGUCUUUUGGACACUUCCUAUAAAGAUCCUCUAUUCAGUCGCUGUCUCUGGUAUCUUUGUCAUACCGGCGAUCAUCGGUUACGCACUUCACCUACGUGUGGCAUCACAACAAAUAUGGGCGCUUGGGGCUUACGGCACCGUGGUGUUCAGCUUUAUCGCACUGCAACUGCUGUUUGCCACUCUCAACCGCAUCUCAAUCUUUUAUCGCAGCAAGAAGGCCCAGCGCAUCGUCGCACGACCACCGAUUCAAGAGAACAUGCCAGAACCCAAACCUCUCGAUGCUGACACCCGCUAUGCGACAAAGAUUGGUCUCGCCGUCGUCGGGUACCGUGAAGAGCCUACCUUGUUCGCCCACUGCUUGGAAUCCAUUCAAGGCCUGGAGUAUCCCGAAAACAUCAAGGUAGUUGUCGUGAUCGAUGGCGACGCUCCCCAAGACAGUGAAAUGGCUUCCAUCUUCCAGAAGGUUUUCCCCGACGCUCCGAUUGUUGUUUUGCCAUAUCUUCUUUCUGAUCUCUUGGAAUCCAACAAACACAAGACCACCAAUGACUUGGAAGGCCAACCAUCGCUUGCUGGAGUGUCCGACGAGAAGGCCGACAGCUUCUUCGCCGAUACAAACACUGUGUUGCCAAUCGAUACCCCCGUGUGUUAUUUGCAACCCCAUCGUGGUAAGCGUCAUGCCAUGUACACCGCUUUUCGCAUCUUGAUGGCCGCCGGCUGUGAAGCUGUGAUGUCUACAGACUCUGACACGAAAUUCGAACCGAACGCGCUUUUGGAGCUCGAGAAGGCCAUCCAUUACUUCCCCAAAAUCGGUGCCGCGGCUGGCGAUGUGCGUAUUUGGAAUGCUACUGAAAGCUUGCUGUCUUUCAUGUCGUCUUUACGUUAUUGGAUGGCAUUCAAUAUUGAACGUGCCGCUCAGAGCUUUAACCGUUGUGUCACUUGUGUCUCGGGGCCUAUGGGACUGUAUCGAUCCAGCGUUCUCCGUGAAGUACUUGACGAAUGGAUUACACAACGGUUCUUGGGCUUGGAAUGUACCUAUGGCGAUGACAGACAUCUUACGAACCGCGUCUUGAUGCGCGGUUAUCGCGUCGUUUUCACCCAUCUUGCUCGAUGUGAAACUGAGACGCCGACCGGUUUCUUGCGAUGGUUCAAACAACAAACACGUUGGUCCAAGAGCUUUUACCGCGAAUUGAUAUGGAAUGCACGCAGUCUGCAUAAGCACAGCCCAUGGAUGGCGGCUGAAUUGUUUUAUCAAGGCAUUUAUCCUUUUGUCUUGCUGUUCUCGAUUUUCUACAUCAUGUACGCUCACGCUCCCUUGGUUCUUUGUGUGUGGCUCCUGUCGCUCAUGAUUAUUGCGUCGAUCAAAGCGGUCUAUGCGCUCGUGGUAUCGCGAUCAGCGCGGUUCUUGGCCUUCCCGAUCUAUUCUUUGUAUUACUUGCUGGGUCUGGUGCCGGCCAAAGUCUGGGCUCUUAUUUCGUUGUGGGACGUCGGCUGGGGUACCAGCGCCCGUUCGGCGGCCGAACGCAAAUCGGAAAAUGUGCUGGUCAGCCAGAUCAAAGAAGGGCUUCCUGUCAUUAUCUGGUUUAUCGUCGUCUUAGCCGGCGUUGCUUUCAAUCUGAUCGUUUACUUCAUAUAUCCGGAACGUUUCGGCUAUCCUUCGCCAUUCAGUACAUCGGAUCCAACCAGCAUCGUGUUUUUCAAUAAUCCCGAGCAUAACAGUACUCAGUAA